AUGCUCUCUCACCAAGACCUCCUGGAUGCUCGGCUCGGUGAGUUAUCAUCACUAAACUCCGGCCCUAAACUCCACUGGAUGAAGGAUGCUGCAGAGUUACUCGGACACCGAGAGGCUCUAAAGUGUCGGCUUGGCGGUGGGGUGCCAGACCAGGGGCAUCCGGGAGACAUGGCCCCUGGUUCAGACUCUGUAGAAGGUACCACUCUUCUGCCGGGAGAAGACAUUGCCACUGUGGGAUCCAACUCGGCCGGCAUGCCGGUGAACGGGAAGGAGCAAGAAAAGCAGCAGCAGCAACCGCAGCAAAGCUCCGGUCAGACCUCCAGUCAGCAGAAACAGAAGCGGCACAGGACGCGCUUUACCCCGGCGCAGCUCAACGAGCUGGAGCGCAGUUUUGCCAAAACCCACUACCCUGACAUCUUCAUGAGGGAGGAACUGGCGCUAAGGAUCGGCCUCACCGAGUCCAGAGUUCAGGUCUGGUUCCAGAACAGACGCGCCAAGUGGAAGAAGAGGAAGAAGACCACCAAUGUGUUCCGCUCCCCGGGGACGCUGCUCCCGACACCGGGCCUGCCACAGUUCUCUGCCGCGGCCGCCAUGGAGAACAGCUUGUGCUCCUUCCACGCCAACGACUCUCGCUGGGCCACGGGGAUGCCGGGGGUCUCCCAGCUGCAGCUCCCGCCAGCUCUAGGUCGCCAGACGGGCAUGGCGCAGUCUCUGUCACAGUGCAGCCUGGGUCACGGCCCACCACCAAACUCCAUGGGUCUCUCCAACGGCCUGUCCUCCAACGGCUCCGGUCUGCAGUCCCACCUCUACCAGUCGCAUUUCCCAGGAAUGUCGGCCUCUCUCUCCGGGCCCACGAACGUAUCGGGCUCCCCGCAGCUGUGUAGUUCCCCGGACAGUGACAUGUGGAGAGGGACAAGCAUCGCGUCACUGCGACGCAAAGCACUGGAGCACACAGUGUCCAUGAGUUUCACUUAG